GAGAAGAAAGCAGACUGCUGAAAUUCCGAUGAUAGAAGCAGCGUUAACAUUUUGGAUUAUCAGUGAUUUAAAGUAAAUGAAAAAAAAAAUGUCGUUGACAAGGGAUUCUAAAAGACAGUAUAUUCAUUCGUUUAAAAAUAAUAGUUUACGAGGGCGAAUCUUGCAAUCUCUUCACAGCCGGGCGAUGCUAAUAUUUGUGUGUAUGUUGGUUAUUUUGGAAUGUCUAUGUGUUAUGGCAGAACUUAUGGUCGAUCUUCAUGGAAUCAGAGUGCGGUUCGAUCACGAAGAAGCGGAACUGGACCUUUUUACACAAAAACUUAAGUCAGAUGAUAGAGAAUGUGUAACAGAUGCAAACUCUCUGGGAGAUGUCUUAGACUUAGUUAUAAAUACUCAGUUACACUCCAGAAAUACCACCAAAUGUCUGCAUAGUUCAAAAUCUUCUUUAAAUUCAAACAGUCACAAUGAUGAUGCCAAAAGAAGAAAGAGAUAUGUAACUUCGGAUGAUGAACGUGAAAUGAGUGAGAAAGAAGAAAGUGUUAUUAACGAGUCAAGCGCAAGACCUCAUAGAUAUUCAGUUAAAAAGAGGUCGACAAGAAAGUCUAAGAGAAACACUCAUGAUCCAAAAGUGUUUGUGUUUACCCUUCACGUUGAUAAAGAAAAUUACAUGGUGAUAUCGACAUUUGAAGAUGUCUGUAAGUCAGUCUUGCGCAAAACAAACGGCAGUGUUCAUAGUACAAGAUAUGAUGGUUAUAAAGAAGAAAAUGAAAAGAUCCAAACAAUAUCACACACUAUCAAAUAUAUAGGCUUCUCAAUCCUAUCUGUGAUGGUUGUAGAGACAUUGUUAAAAAUGGUGUGUCUUGGCUGUGUGUUCUUCAGAAAGAAAAUUGAAGUAUUUGAUGCGGUCAUUGUGUUGGUGUCUUUUGUAUUAGACGUUAUGUUUAUUGACAGUAACUGGUAUGAGACAGGGAAAGACGCUACAUCUAUUCUUGUUCUUCUGUUACCAUGGAGGAUUGUACGAAUCAUCAACAGUUUCGUGAUGACAAUAAAUCGUAAACAUCAUAUAGAACUAAUGACCGUAAAGCGGUCUAAGAAGAAAGUAGUGCUGAAAUUAAAGAAAUUACGACAUCUCAUGCUUGAAAUGCGGAGAGAUAUAGAUCUGCUUAUUACACUUUCUAAGUCAAAGGGGGCAUCAGAUCCUGAGAUAUUUAACUGCAUAUAUGGGAAAGGUCGGGGUACUAAAUCCCUUACAGCGAUCACAAGUUUUGCAUCGUUGAUGUUUAUCAGCACACUAGGCAAAGAUCCAAGUAACAAAACCAACUGUGAUGAUAUGUAUGGAGAAUUGAUAAGAGAUAUUCUAGGUGACGAUGAUGAAGAGGAAGAUGACACUGACAUGGACAAGACCACUACAGAUAUUUCAAAUGACAAGGAUAUGUAUACGGAUAUGCAACGAGUGAAUACAGAUGAAAGUUUUAUAGUCCCAAGUGUAAAUAAAAGGAAGACUCUUCCUGCAAUAAAAGCUGUAAAUUCUAAUGCAAAAAUAACUCGCCGUGUGACGUUACCAAGGCGACACAAAAGUUGCAGUGAUGACGAAGAUCCAGUGUUUUAUGUAAAUAACGCUUAUGACAUAGAUGAAGAUUUAAAUGCAACAGGUCCAUCUUUGUAUAAAUAUAAACGUGAUGUAAAGAGUUUACCCCAUAUCUGCUCGUCUGUUAGAGGCAAAAAUUAUGUGACAUUUGAGGUGACAACGCAAGUGACAUAUUUGUAAAGAGCUAACAAAGUAUAGAUGAAAAGUAUGCUGACUUCUUGGUGAACCAUGCCAUGAUGAUUGAAGUUGUGUUCAAGUGAAACAGACCAAAAUGAUACGGGAUUUUAAUAUACUUAUGAUGUGCCUUUAAUCUGAUGGCUGUACAAUAUUACGGAUGCAAAUUUUGGUUACAUUUUACAAUUUGUUUGUGCAAAAAACUAAACGAACUGAUUCAAAUACUUUUCAUACUUCUAUAUUAUUUACGAGGGCGUUUACAAAAAAUAUUUUAUAUUACUCCUAAUAUCUACAAUUUAAAGUUUUCAGAUAACUUUGCAUUAAAUCAAAAUAUCCAUGCUCUGUCUCUUAAAACCAUCGACAUGAUACCUGUAAUAUAAUCAUAUGUGCCGUAGUUAGUUAUUAGUUUAUCAAACUACAUGUAUAUAACAUUGGUAACAAUCUAACAUCGUCAUAACUAACAUAAUUUAUUUUAGAUUUUAAUACUAUCAUUUUACUUGUGACAAAUUUGUUAUGUUUGUGUUCCAUUAAUAACACUCAGUAUCAUACCACAUAUAUGUUGAUCUACCAUUUAAAGAACCUUUUAAAUGGUAAUUUGAAAUAAUAAUAUAAAUUAUUGAUUGAAGAUUGUUUGAUACAUAAUUGACAAAUAAAUGAAUUACUGAAUUUAUGUAAGAAAUUGCACUUGUACAUGUGAAAGAAAUAGUGUUAUUCUUCAGACAAUCCUGUUUCAUACUUAUAAAGUACUUAUAAAACAACUUUGUGCAUGUUUGAUAAUAUACUGAUUUUAUUUUCAAUGCCAUACAAUACGAAUGUACUGUAUAUAAGCUGUUAAAGCUUUAAUAACGAAAUAAACAGUACG